GUAAUGUAACUUCAUUUCAGAUUGGAAGAAAAACAACAAAAUGUAUAGUGACAAAUUCUGGCCUGGCUGGGACGAUAAUCUAACUGAGGAGGACAAAGCAAAAUAUAAGAUUGAUGGAAUACUUAAAUACUACGAUGCAACAAUGAAACCGAUUAAAGAUGAACUAGGACCCUCUCCAUCAGAGAAGAAAUGGCAUGACUGGCUGCAUAAAUGGAGUAAGCUUUCGACAGAAGAUUUCUUAAGAGGGUUAUGUGCCGAUGAAAUGAAGUGUUCUCCGCUUACUCCAUGGACAGAGCAAGCCAUUGAAUGCUACAAGGUUUCUACAUAUACACCAACACUUGGGACGGACAUAGCAACACAUCUUCGAGAGGAUCUUGGAAAAUGGUGGCAAGAUCCUCUCAAAACACCUAAGCUUGGAAUGGACACCCUGCCGAAAGCGUUCACUAAAAAGAAUGAAAAUGGCUGGAACCCGUCUGUCGAUCUCUCGAAACACAUCAAGUUUGGAAUCAUGGUAACAAAGGUGGAAAACGUUGAACAUGUUAAGGACAAGAAAGCCAAGAUGGUCAAGGUUACUGGAGAAAACACAAGUACGGGACACAAGGAAACAUUUGAAGGUGAUGCCGUUAUUCUGACAUUACCGCUACAAAUCCUGCGACAGCUCGAUAUACCGUUCAGCAUUGAAAAACAAAAAGCCAUUUCGCAAAUUUCGUAUGCUGCCUCUACAAAGAUAAUGCUGCAAUGCAAGAAAAGAUUCUGGCAGAAAGACGUAGGUCAUGGAGGUUUCAGCAAAACUGACAUGAUGAUCGGACAGUUACAUUACCCGGAUUACGACAGCUCCGGAAUUGGAGACAACGAAAGAGGAGUGCUGAUGGUAUAUACUUGGCAAGACAAUGCGUUGGCGUAUGGUUCACAACCAAAAGAUCUUGCUAUUCGCAGUGCCGUACAUGACAUAAGCAAGAUCCAUCCCGAAAUAAAGCACGAAUUUGAGGUUGGAACCGUUCAGGCAUGGUACAGCGAUCCCACCUCCCAAGGUGCUUUCGCGAAUUUAAAGCCCUAUGAGUACAUAGAUCAUAUGAAAAGCCUGACACAACCGACAGGCGCCGUCUACUUAGCUGGAGAGGCAUUGUCCUGGUCUAAUGGUUGGAUUCAGGGAGCUAUAUUCUCCGGGCUAAUGCAAGCCUACUGUUUCCAGUCGUAUCAAGAGAACAAAGAAAUCGUCACGCCUGUAUCUGUAAUGCUUGGAAAGAAAUAGAUGACUCAUUAGCAGACAGUCAGACUUUAGUUUCAUUGUGAUAUAUAUUAAGUUAUGCCAUUCUGCUUUGAAAUACUUAUGACCCCGAGUACAAACUCUACCUACAGUUGUAAGCUUUAAUGUAUUGGAUCUGUAUUAGUGUACCUACUUUUGCAGAGUAUUCUAUACACAAUAAGCCUACUUUAACUUACAUUGUUUUCCGUAUUUUCCUUUUCUUCUAGCACGUUUUUACUUUUUUCGAGACUUAUUAUUGAUUUGUUGUACAAAGGUGAUUUGUUUUCAUUUGAUAAGUGAUUUCUUGCUGUUAAAAGUUAACAUUCCUCUGAAACAGAUUGGGGCAGAGUUAGAAAUCUUUGAAAAUACUGAGUUAUAUGCAGUAAAAGUUCUCUAUUUUGCCAUUACUCUAUAGAUUACAUAUUGUGGAAAAAAUGUAGCUAGGUUUAACCUCUGCCAAGCUUAAUUUUGAACGAAAUCUUUUUACUUGAGGCACCCUUGAAAAAGAAAGAAAUGGACACAGCUGUAUUUUGUGUUUUAUAAUUGUUUACCAAUAGUUUGACGGUUCUUUUAUCAAAAUUAAUGGGGUUUUUUUUAUUAAGGGAGACUUUUCGAAAAUUAUUUUUGUGUCAAAAAAAUGAAUACAAAUAAGGGGGUUAUGCCUUUAGAGCAUCAGUAAGUUGAUUUCCAACAUCACUGACCAUAUUUAAAGCAUAAAAAUUGCUGUUUUGCAACUUUUUGUCAAAAAGUUGAAAAAAAUAUUCUCCAAGGCCAUAAAAACAUUUAGGGUCGGGCCAAAAAUUUAGGGUAGUUCGGGAUACUGGAAACAAACAUUUUUUUACGCCUAAAAGAAAACGACACAGUAAAAGUUGUUUAAAAUUGCAACACAGUGCGAAACAAGAAUUAUGCCAAGCGAAUGCCAAUUUUUAACAUUUCUAUUAGGGUUCUAAUACCUUAAGUCCAAUUUCGAUUAUCUCGAAGUUAAACGUUCGUACCUCUCUCGAAUAAGAGCUACAGAGAUUCAAUAUAUGUGUAUAUACAGAAAUGCAUAUCGGGUGUUGUGUUUUUUUCCUUUUUUUCCCUACAUUGUACAUGUAAUGACAGCUUCAAUAGGUUUUAAUUUUCUUGUGUGCAUUAACGCGAUGUAAUCGGAAAAAAAUUGUAUUUAAUUGAUAAUAUUGUAAAAGGUUAAAGGUUGGAGUAAACUAGCCAGACACACGAACCUCUCUAUAAUAUAUGCAUAUAAUUAAAAUUUUGAAAGGGUAUACAUUUUAUGCAUAACAAUCAAAACCCCGCCCACUCCAUAAAAUUAUGUAUGUUAGGGCAUCGGAAAAGAUGAAACAACCGACAGACUGAAAAUAUAUCAUGUCUACUUUGAAAAUCCUAAUAUUUGGAUGAAAAGAACAAUUAUUUUCCACGCACAUUUGCCAUUCAAGCUUAUGCACAAGCAUGUGUGUAAUAGUAUUUUUCGUUGCAUAAUAAAAUAACUUUGUUCUUCUUUGAGAUAACAUAAACUAGAUGCUUGCAUUUUUAUACUCAUAAAUGACAAUCUUAUGCUGUAUUCUGGUUCUGGGAAAGGCUUUAUAGUGUGUGAUUGUUUUCUGUGUAAGGGUUUUGGGAUUAUGUAAAUAUAAAGCUACUUUAUUUGACUGUUGGCUAGACAUGUCUAAUUCCGAAUACACUUAUACACGAUAAGGUGUUACGACACUGCAUCAAGCCCGCUCGCUUAAGUCAAUUGGGAGAGACCAGAUCUACAAAUCACAAGGUCAUAUGUUCGAUCCCCGGGCGGGGCGUAUUGGUCUCCGUAAUGAUUUGAUAAAUGACAUUGUGUCUAAAAUCAUUCGUCCUCCACUUUAGGUUAUGUGGUAAAGUUGGCAGUUACUUGCGGAGAACAAGUUUGUGUUUAACACUGGUUAGGUUAACUGCCCGCCGUUACAUAACUGAAAUACUGUUGAAAAACGGCGUUAAACCCAAAACAAACAAACAAACAAAAGAAACAGUAUCACCAGUAUAAAAUAGAUACAAAAUAACACCUUCUGCAGAUUUGGAAAGUGGUAAUAAAAGAAGUUACAAUGAUUUCAGAACAUUUGUACCAAAUGGAUUUUGAGGUACUGUUAAAAAUAUGCUAGAACAGAUCGAAGAUAAACGGAAAACGUUUGAGUUAGAGGAGACAGAUGCUCAUUUACUACGUUUGCAUGCCUUUAUUUAUAAUCUUUCGUACGAAAAUAUGCUAAAUGAUCGAUCUACGUUUUAUUGUCUCCUUCACUAAUCUACAGAAUAAAAAAAGCAAAAAUGUCUUUAAAAGUCCAGUCUGUUUAAUAAGAAAUCCUAAUUAAUACUAAAUUGUAUUGCAGUGCGACAGAAAAUGUUACAUAAUUUGCAUAAUUUUUAUAAUUUUUGACAGACGUAUUGGUCAGUUGUUGUCGCUGAGUGUCUUUGUUCCGUGAAUGUAUGGUAAACCGCUGUACAUUUUGCUUAUUGUCUUUGUAUUAUUGUGAAGUGUGCCUCUUUUAUUAAAGCCUAAACAAGUUUCGCUUUGUUCUCGUCGUAAAUCAAGAUUAAGGCAAUUAGUGUGACUACAUUUGUAUAUUAGACUUGUUUCAUCAGACAUAGUAGAAAUCCUGUAAAUUUGUGCAAAUACAUAUUUUCGUGA